CUUUUAAUGGUCAGCAUUUCCAGGUGGAGCCCACCUCCAAGUCCCCCAACCCUGGCAAGUGUCUCCGCUCCUCUUGCAGGUGCAGGGAAGACCCACACCAUGCUGGGUGUGGAUGCGGAGCCCGGCAUCUACCUGCAGACCCUCACUGACCUCUUCCAAGCCAUUGAGGAGAUCUGGGACAGCAUGGACUACAGUGUGUCCAUGUCUUACCUUGAGAUUUAUAAUGAAGUGAUCCGAGACCUCCCGAACCCAUCCUCGGGGUUUCUGGACCUCAGCGAAGAUUCCAGGGGCAGCAUCCAGAUUGCGGGCAUCAUGGAAUUCUCUUCCUCAAACGCCCAUGAGAUCAUGCAGCUCCUCACGAAAGGCAACCAGCAGCGUACACAGGAGCCCACGGCCACCAACAAGACAUCGUCCCGCUCCCACACUGUGCUGCAGGUCACCGUGUACCAGCGGAGCUGCAGUGCAGGCCUGGUGAAGGAGGUGCACAUGGGGAGGCUCUUCAUGGUGGACCUGGCAGGCUCAGAGCGGGCAUCCCAGGUUCCAGUUUCUGUUGUUUGUUUAUUGAGACAGGGUCUUGCUGUCAUCCAGGCUGGAGUGCACGUCAAGCGCAACCUGCUGAAUGUCUCCUAUCGCAUCGCGCAGUACACAGAGGUCAUCUCCGACCUGCGCAGGGAGAUCGCACCUCAAAUCAAAAAUCGAGAAGAAAAGGAGAAGAAAAGUGAAGCCGGCAUCCAGGAUGCCCGAGGUAGGUAG